UACUAAACAAAAUUAAAUGUAUAUAGAAACCAGUACUCAAAAAGAAGUUCUUAAAUAUUUAGUGAAACCUUAGAAACCUUUGUUAUAAUUCCAAACGACUUUAACUUAAUGUGUGUGCCAAAAUAAAAGUUUCUUUGACUUCAAAUUUGACCGUUUAACCUGUGUAGACGUAAGCUCCAAAGCCCUAAAAACUAACCAAAAAAGUCUUUUAUGCAUCGUAAAGUGAAGCAACAGCAUACAUCGCUGGCUUAACGUUAUAGCUAGCCACAAAAGCGAUUUUUGUCAUAGUUGAGUGCGAUGUAUUCGAUGAGAUUGAUCUUUCGGAACUGUGUUAUUUCGAGUGCAGCAUUAAGAACGUAAAUCACAGCUUUCAGAUAAUCACACCUACCCGCUCUCUGGUGCUGUGCGCCGACUCCAGACGCGAUAUGGAGGAUUGGCUAGGAUCGCUGAAGACAGCUACGGCGCCGCAGCGUCCUCGUGGCGAUAGCUUUCUCAUCGAUCAGCAUGACAUACUCUCGAAUCACCAUCACUGGUAUGCGACCUCCCAUGCACGACCCACCUACUGCAAUGUAUGCCGGGAUGCGCUGUCUGGCGUUACGUCGCAUGGCCUCAGCUGUGAGGUUUGCAAGUGCAAGGUGCACAAACGAUGUGCGGCCAAAGCGAUUGCCAACUGCAAAUGGACAACGUUGGCGACGGUGGGCAAAGAUAUAAUCGAACAGCCCGAUGGCAGCAUCAUCAUGCCCCAUCAGUGGAUGGAGGGCAAUCUGCCCGUCUCGGCCAUGUGUGCGGUUUGCAAGAAGACCUGCGGCUCGGUGUUGCGGUUACAGGAUUGGCGCUGUCUCUGGUGUAGGGACACGGUGCACGUGGCUUGUCGACCGCAAAUGGCAAUUGCCUGUCCCAUUGGUCCCGCCAAACUAUCUGUAGUGCCGCCCACCAGCGUGCAUUCCAUUAGCACGGACGACGCCUGGGAUGUGGUCAGUCCGAAGGGCAACUUUUCUCCGCUGCUCGUCUUUGUCAACUCCAAAUCCGGCGACAAUCAGGGCGUCAAGUUUUUGAGACGUUUCAAGCAGCUGCUGAAUCCGGCGCAAGUAUUUGAUCUGAUAUCAACGGGACCCAGCUUGGGUCUUCGUCUGUUUCGUCACUUUGAAAUGUUUCGCAUACUCGUCUGCUCCGGCGAUGGCUCCGUCGGCUGGGUGCUCAGCGAGAUUGAUCGCUUCAAUAUGCACAAACAAUGUCAGGUGGCUGUCAUGCCUCUGGGCACGGGCAACGAUCUGGCACGGGUCUUGGGCUGGGGCUCCAGCUGCGAUGAUGACACCCACCUGCCCCAAAUAUUGGAGCGCUACGAGUCGGCCAGUACCAAAAUGCUGGAUCGUUGGAGUAUUAUGGUAUUCGAGAAAGCCAUCACUGUGCCCAAGAUACCAAAGAUGUCCAUUACCACGGAACAGGAGGCUCUGCUCACGGGCAUGGUCACGUCGGCCAACCAUCACUUGCGCUUCAUAGUCGAGACGAACGAUACGCAAACGUUAAUCUCAUCUACGCGCUCCUUGUGUGACACCAUCGACGAACUGAUCUCGCGCAUCUGUGAGCAUCACAAGGACGACGAGCAGUUGACUAUGAAAUGUGACAUCCUAAGGCAGAAGCUGACAAUGCUGCUGGACGCCUUGCAGGAGGAGGAGCUGGGUACGCACAGUGGCGACGAUCUAGUAGCCACUAUAAGGAGCUUAAUAUCGCGUAGUGUGCCCUUAACAUCGGGACGUCCAUCGUUUCUCAAUCCAAAUAUAUCUAUUGAAAAAACUGAAAAGGAUAAUAUUAACACAAAGGAGCGACGCAAUAGCCGCUCUCUGCGCUCCAGUGAGAAGGAGGCGUUGCAAUGUCGGGCGAAUAGUGUAAAGCGCGCCAUUUACAAUGUAGUGGAACACUCGGAGCCGGGUCGCCCCAAGCGCUACCAGCGUAAGCUGUCAAUUACACCCUUUGAGGCGCUUAAGAUACCUAUUACAAACUCAGGGGACUCGACGCCCUGCGGCUCUCCGCUGCCAAUUAUACCACCCAUCAAUAUUAUCUCGCCAACAAUGGAGACAUCGCGCCUUACCUGCAUCUCCCCGCUGCCAGACACGCGUCGCGAUUCAGUGGAUGAGAAUUUCUUCAACAGCAUCAAUUUGCCGGCGCCACGUCAAUUUGCGGACAGUCGCCGCAGCUCGGGUGUCCCUGAAGUCAUACAAGAAAUGGAGGAGGGCGCCAAUGGGGAGACAAUCUAUCGUAUUGGCCGCCUCUCGUUGAGCGGCGGUGCCAACAUAGAUGAUGCGGGCAAUCGUCUGUCGCCAAGCAGCGAGGGAGGCGACAACACGCCCACCGAGCGCAAGGUGGACUUUCUGCGUGUACCGAUCAUAACAAGCGAGCCGAUUGUAGAUCCACUGUCUAACUAUCGACCAAUCGAGGUAUUCGAACGCACCUACUACAUGACACGCGAGCUGGACAAGGAUAAGGAGCGCACUGCGAGCAGUCAGGCCGAUUGCGAGAAAGAGGAGGCGGAUGUCAAUGAGAAGUGCGAAUCGCUGGAGCCGCAGAGUGCUCUGGUACAUACUUGUAAUCUACAGGUACCCGGCAUUGUCGUAACCCCCCAAUCCCAAAAUGUCUAUACGAGCGAAAGCCUCACAAUCAUUGACACCGAUGCCCAGACCAACACUGAACAGUCAUCCUCAGAGGAUCUGGGCGGGGAAGCGAGUGAUGUGCUCUCCGCCAUUAGCAAUGAGGAAUGCAGCGUGGCAUCCGAGAUCUUCGAUAAGCCCGAACCGGGUCACACUCUAGGCGACAUUAUACAGAACCUGGAUGCGAGCAACUUUACGCACAUUGAUUCGCCGGAGACAAGCGAUGAAACAGAGCCCAUGCACGGCGAGAGUUUGAUGGAUGACAUUAGCUCAGUGCUGGGCCAUGACAUAACCAAUGCGCUGCAAGACAACACCAUUACGGACGACACCACCACACUCUGCUCUGAGCAUGCUGGGCCGCCGAAGCCACCGCGUAAGAAAUCUUUGAAUACACUGACCCAAAGCAAAACGCAUCCACGUCGACGCAACUCCUCGCCGCCACGCAGGGCCGGGCUCGCACGCAUGGACAGCGACGAUAACCCACAGCAAUUUGGCUUUGAGAAUAUCGUAUUUGAGAUCGAUAAUCGUUGCGACGAUCAAAAGAUACGAGAGCCGCCGCGCUACUGCAGCCUGGCGCAGUUCGUGGAAGGUAACGAUAUAGCGCGUCAGAGUUUCAAGCGUCCCAAAAAGCGCAUCUCACUCAAGAAAUUGAAUGCAAAUACAACAACAACAAUCGUAUCUCAACAGCAGCUAAUGCUUGAUUGCAAUAGCAGUGACAACAAUGAAAACACCAACAACGAAGAGGCGGAUACGCCCACAAACGCAGCCCCAACAAGAACGUAUCGAAAUCUAACAACGACUACGACUAGCGACGAUCUGGAUGAACUGUCCACGCAAACUGCAAUUAAAAUUGAUAUAAACAAUGCAACUACAACCACGACAACAACAACAACAACGACAACGACAACAACAAAGCCUCUUGAAUCGGCAAUGGUCUCAUCGACAUCGCCCACGAAGAAGUCGGGCCAUGGACAAGAAGUAAAGCGCAUUACCUUUGAUGAGUCGUGUAAGAAAGAAUCCUUUGAUGAUGUAAAUCCCAACUAUCCACAGAUAAGUGUUGUUGUAAGGCCACCAACACCGUUGCGUGGUGAUUCCGUAAAGCCAACAGGAUCGUCAUCAUCCAUAUUGGCGACCUCGUCGUCGCUGCUCGGUGUACGCACGUUGAGCUCCUCGGAGAUACGACGACACUCGAGCCACGCGCCCAGCUUGGCUGUACGCGAUUUUGACAAGGAUAAAGAUCGACGACAUUCCGGUUUCAAUCCAAAUUUCCUAACAUUGGACCCGGAACAUGCGCGCUUCCUCAGCAGUUCACCAGCGGCUAGUCGUAGAAUUAGCUGUGGCAGCCUCUUCAAGCCGAACGAAGCUUUGCCUAAUCUCCAGACACUCAAGGGCUCCAAGUCGAGUCUCUUUAUGGGCUCUACACUCUUCGGCUUCGAGCACUUCAGCGCCGGCGACAAGGACGAGAAGCCCGGCAAGGACAAAGAGAGGACCCCCACAGAAGAGACCAAUCGCAAGCUGCCCAUUAUCAAUCCCUUAGUUCGCUUGCCCAACUGGCCCAAUCUGGCCAAUGGCACUGGCUUCAUAUCCAAGUGCCUGAUGGCCAAUGCCGACACGCUGUGCGCCGCCGUUAGUCCGUUGAUGGAUCCGGAUGAAACUCUGCUUGCUGGCUAUUAUGAGAAGUGUGUGAUGAACAACUACUUUGGCAUUGGCAUCGAUGCAAAGAUCUCCCUAGACUUUCACAAUAAGCGCGAGGAGCAUCCAGAGAAAUGUCGCUCCCGAGCACGAAAUUAUAUGUGGUACGGAGUGCUGGGCUCCAAGCAGCUGCUGCAGAAGACCUGCAAAAAUCUAGAGCAGCGCGUGCAGCUCGAGUGCGAUGGCCAGCGCAUACCUUUGCCAGAGCUCCAGGGUAUUGUUAUACUAAAUAUACCCAGCUUCAUGGGUGGCACCAAUUUCUGGGGCAACAGCAGCAAGAAGGAGGACAUCUUCCUGCCGCCCAGCUUCGAUGAUCGCGUGUUGGAGGUGGUCGCUGUCUUUGGAUCAGUGCAGAUGGCUGCCUCGCGUCUGAUCAAUCUGCAGCAUCAUCGCAUUGCCCAGUGCCAAAGCGUGCAGAUCAAUAUACUUGGCGAUGAGGAGAUACCGAUUCAGGUGGAUGGCGAGGCCUGGCUACAGCCACCGGGUAUGAUACGCAUCCUCCAUAAGAAUCGCGUCCAGAUGCUCUGCCGCAAUCGCAGCCUGGAGGUGUCGCUCAAGAGCUGGCAGGAGAAGCAGCGUCAGCACAGUAUUUCCAUACAGCGCGACACCUCCUCGACUGCCUCUGAGCACGCUGUCUCCACGGAUGAUGUCAUAUCAGAGCGCGAAUGCUAUGUGCUAUUGAAUUUCAUCGAGGCAGUUAGUUCAUUGGUCAAGUGGGUUAAGUUCUUGAUUAUUUCACAUCCGGCACUGCAGCACGAUCUAUAUGAGGUGGCCUGCCGCGCCAGCGAAGCAUUGGAGUCCAUACAUCCACAGGGCAAAUUAUUGGAGGGUCCCACUCUGCGCACCAAAUUGGUGGAAGUCAUCGACUCCUCACGCCAGCUGUACGAUGAUGCGUGCUCCCUGUUGCGAGAUCGUGGUCAUAGUCUCAUUCUGCGCGAGGAUCUGGAGACAAAGCUGAGUGCUGCGUUGGCUAACAUGGAAAUGGAGCUCAAAAAGUGCUCCGUGCAGAAGUGCAUCGAUGGCAAGCUGCGCGCCUACUUUAAUGUACUAGCGCCCAACGAGGAGCCCGAUGGACGUCGCAAAUCGCGUCCAUUCUGGGUACGCUUGCGCUCCGGAUCCACUGCUGGCCAGCAGCAGUUCAAGCCUCCGCUCACAAACACCCGUGAGGCAGCCAACAAUUGGAGCGUCAACGAGGUGGUCACCUGGCUAGAGACGAUGCAGCUGUCAGAAUACGUAGAUAGCUUCCUCAAAAACGAUAUACGCGGCAAGGAGCUACUCACGCUGGGCAGGCGAGAUCUGAAGGAUCUGGGCGUGGUCAAGGUGGGCCACGUGAAACGCAUACUGCAGGCCAUUAAAGAUCUAAGCGAGAACUAAGCAUGGUACAAAGGCUAAGAUAAAAGUGAAAUUUGUUGUGUUUGAAUGUAGUUGUUAUCGGUUAAAGAUGUGGCUAUUCAGCAUGGUAGGUAAACGAUAUAGUUUUAUAUGAGACAAAUGCAUACAACAAUCACUAUUUAUAGACUAGCUUAGCUAAAAAGGUAUAAAACUCCCAAAUACGUUUAUUUUUCCUGUAUUUUGGGUGAGCAGCAAGAAGCCUAGCAAACAUUUAUCUGUAUUUAAUUAAAUAUCAAAAACAAAAAGAGAACUUUAAAUAUUAAUACUCAA